GGAUUUCGUUAUGCCCAUGGGUUUGAGCUUCUAGCUGAUGGAAUUCGCGAUUAAUCUUUACCCCUUUAGCUCAUGAAAUGGCUCUUCUUUGUUUCCAUGUUAUUUCUGUUUUUGUUUUGUUGUUCCCUGAUAUAUAUAUUUUUAAUAUUUUGGUUUAAGAUCGGUGCUUGUCUGCAACAAUCGAUAAAAAAUGGCAGACGCUGAGGAUAUUCAGCCUCUUGUUUGUGACAAUGGAACGGGAAUGGUCAAGGCUGGGUUUGCUGGAGAUGAUGCUCCAAGGGCUGUAUUCCCUAGCAUUGUGGGUCGCCCUCGCCACACGGGUGUGAUGGUUGGUAUGGGACAGAAGGAUGCGUAUGUCGGGGACGAAGCUCAGUCAAAGAGAGGUAUUCUGACUCUGAAAUACCCUAUCGAGCAUGGCAUUGUCAGCAACUGGGACGAUAUGGAAAAGAUUUGGCAUCACACUUUCUAUAAUGAGCUCCGUGUGGCCCCGGAAGAGCAUCCUGUUCUCCUGACAGAAGCACCUCUCAACCCCAAGGCUAAUCGUGAGAAAAUGACUCAGAUUAUGUUCGAGACCUUUAACACUCCAGCCAUGUACGUCGCUAUCCAGGCGGUCCUUUCCCUUUACGCUAGUGGCCGCACAACUGGUAUUGUUCUGGACUCCGGAGACGGUGUUAGUCAUACGGUUCCCAUCUAUGAAGGCUAUGCCCUCCCACAUGCAAUCUUGCGUUUGGAUCUUGCAGGGCGUGAUCUCACUGAUGCCUUGAUGAAAAUCUUGACUGAGCGUGGAUACUCUUUCACCACUAGUGCUGAGCGUGAAAUUGUGAGAGACGUGAAGGAAAAAUUAGCCUAUAUUGCGCUUGAUUAUGAACUAGAGCUGGAAACAUCAAAGACCAGCUCAGCUGUCGAGAAGAGCUAUGAGCUCCCUGAUGGGCAGGUGAUCACGAUAGGCGCUGAAAGAUUCCGCUGCCCUGAAGUGCUCUUCCAACCAUCCAUGAUUGGGAUGGAAGCCGCUGGCAUACACGAAACAACAUAUAACUCGAUCAUGAAGUGUGACGUUGACAUUAGGAAGGAUCUCUACGGUAACAUUGUCUUGAGUGGUGGUUCCACAAUGUUCCCAGGCAUUGCUGAUAGAAUGAGUAAGGAGAUCACAGCUUUAGCGCCUAGUAGCAUGAAAAUCAAGGUGGUUGCACCACCGGAGCGGAAGUAUAGCGUUUGGAUUGGAGGCUCGAUUUUGGCAUCUCUCAGCACCUUCCAACAGAUGUGGAUUGCGAAGGCUGAGUACGAUGAAUCCGGGCCAUCAAUUGUUCACAGGAAAUGCUUUUAAUUAUGGAAAGCAAAAAGUGGAUCCGAAAUUCACAAAAUAGAUUUUGUACGACAGAAGUAGCACCCACUGGUUGCGGAAGUUUCAUUCCUAUCUUGAACUUUUUCCUUUUUAUCAUGUUUCUUUCU